AUAUGGUUAACGGGGAAUAAAUAUUUACUCCUUUCAAAAGCUGACGUCCACGUUUCAAAGAAUUUGUUUACCGAGAAAAUAUCUACAUACGCCCCGCCUCGCUGGUCAACUCCCCCAAUGAUGGCAGGAGGAACCAUUAUGCCUGGUGUGGUUCCACCGUGGUCGAAAACGUGCUUCGUAACAGUUACUGUUGGUUGGUAAAUAAAUACAGAUCGUACGUUCUCACAAUUGGAUUAAAGUGGAUUUGUCUGUCCAAUUUUACGAACAUAAAACCGCGUGAUAUCUGCUCUAGAAUGUUUUAUUUUGUGUAAUUAUGAAGAGACUUUCACAAAAUUAUGCUGAAUUUUAUUAGCUAUUAACAGCAUGUAUACGGGGUUUGGUGAGAAACAAUAGCCACCUAAUUGGUGCAAAUUAUAUAGUACUGUUUUAUUUAGAACUAUUGUUUAAAAUGCUCUUGAAAGCUAAACCGACGUCACUGAUCUUUUUGGACAUUGCUGACAUCCCGUCAUUUGCCUGGCUGCUAUGUGAUUCAUUCAGUCAUUUCUUCUAAUGGAGGGAUAAUGACAACUUGAAUUUUUAGUCUACACUCAAAUAGGGCAAAAUAAGCCUCAUCGAAGCUCCAAAGGAACGUUUGCAUUUUUAUACAGCAUCGAGGCUAACCAGCUACAGCAUUUCAACAGCACUGACUGCGAAAUCCGCUCACGUGAGAAAAAUAUUUUACGACUCUGUCCAGUCAAAAUAUUUGCUUCGACCAUUAGUUGCAUAGAAAUGGAUGGAAUCGGUAAUACAAUGCAAAAGAAGGCUGCUGAGUUGGAGCGCAUGGCUGAAGUCCUUGUCACCGGGGAGCAGUUGAGGCUCCGGCUCCACGAAGCGAAGGUAAUCAAGGAUCGGAGGCACCACCUCAGGACCUAUCCCAACUGCUUCGUGGCUAAGGAGCUGAUCGACUGGCUGAUAGAGCACAAGGAGGCCUCUGACCGAGAGACAGCCAUUCGCAUCAUGCAGAGGCUGCUCGACCAGAGCAUUAUUCAUCACGUCUGUGAUGAGCACAAGGAGUUCAAAGACCUGAAGCUGUUCUACCGUUUCCGGAAAGAUGAUGGCACCUUCCCGCUGGACAACGAAGCCAAGGUUUUCAUGCGGGGUCAAAGGAUAUAUGAAAAGCUGAUGAACACCGAGAACACACUCUUGCAGACCCGAGAUGAGGACAGCGGGACCUUUGAGCGGACGCUAGUGGCAUCCGAGUUUGUUGACUGGCUUCUGCAGGAGGGGGAGAUGGCCACCAGGGAAGAGGCAGAGCGGCUUGGACGAAGACUACUGGAGCACGGCAUCAUUCAACACGUGACCAAUAAGCACCACUUUGUGGAUGGGGGCCUCCUGUACCAGUUCAGGAUGAAUUUCAGGCGACGGAGGCGGCUGAUGGAGGUUCUGAACGAGCGGUGUCGAGCCAUCCCUGAGAGCCAGGACAGCCCCUUCUGUCUGCGCAAGCAGAACUCCGAGGGCGGAAACACCAGCUUCCUCUCAGUCAGCCCCAGUAAGGAGAUUAAGGUGGUGUCGGCAGUGCGGAGAAGCAGCAUGAGCAGCAGCUGUGGCAGCAGCGGAUACUACAGCAGCAGUCCCACCCUCAGCAGUAGUCCACCUGUCCUCUGCAACCCCAAGUCAGUGCUGAAGAGACAAGUCAACCCGGAGGAGCUGCAGACGCCAGGGGGGGCUUACAUAAAGAAGACAUUCACGAUUGUGGGCGAUGCUGUGGGCUGGGGCUUCGUGGUGAGGGGGAGCAAACCGUGUCACAUCCAGGCUGUGGACCCCAGUGGCCCUGCCGCAGCCGCCGGCAUGAAGGUCUGCCAGUUUGUGGUCUCUGUCAACGGUCUGAACGUUCUGUCCCUGGACUACAGGACCGUCAGCAACCUCAUUCUGACAGGGCCGCGAACCGUGGUCAUGGAAGUCAUGGAGGAGAUUGACUAAUAACGCCGGCUCCAAUCCCCCUGGCACUGGACUCACCCAGUGCAGAGGAAGCAAAGACACACACUCCUGCCUGGCGAGCCUGCCGUACACUUAGGGCAUUUGGCCUCUUCCUGGGGCCUCUCGGUUGCGGUCUCACCAGCGAGUCAUCAAAAAAGAAACCUUUCUCCUCCAGUCAUCACCAUGUGUAUUCGCCCCUCUCUCAUCCGUGUCCCAACCGAAAGGGGGAAUGUAACAUCAAGCAAACGGAGAUGGGUUCUAUCUUUUUUCAGUGUUGGUUGCAAAAUAACUCAAUUCACCAUGAACAGUUGCCUGGUCUGAAUCUUCUGCAAGGUGACAAGUUUCUGCGUAGGAAGGCAGUCUGGCACCUGUUCUGUACCUCAGAGAACACGAGUGGGAGUAGCUCCGAGAAAGAGGAGAGACCAGAAAAUCUACUAUAAAUUCAACAGGUGUUCAGGUCUUCAGACUUUUUUGCUUUGGACAAAAUUAUGUCCAGUAAAGAUUUGUUUGUAGCUAGUUUAGCUUUAUUUUUCUUCAUUAAUCUACAACAGUGGUCUCCAACCUUGGUUCUGGAGAGCUACUGGGUCUGCUGGUUUUUGCUAUCACCUUAAAAUCAGCACCCAGUUGGGACCCAGGUAACCGGGUGAGGUGAGUUAGGUGUGUAAUCAACUGCUGUAAUUGAUUAAUUAAGUGCAGAGUAACAACAGAAACCAGCAGACAAGCUCUACAGGACCAUGGUUGGAGAUAUACAAGAUCUUCGACGAUACACACUCCACAGUAUUCCUCUAACGGACAUUUAAGGACGUUUAGCGUAAGCUAAAGGGACAGUUGUUCCUAUGUACAGCAGUUCAAUCAGAAAGGUGGCCGUUACUUGCAGGGAAAUGUUGUUGCCAUACUAGAUAGUUAAACUUAUUAAAUGACCUUUUAACCUCAUUAAUGAUCGUUCAGGAAAACCUCAAAGGCCAAAUAGAUCCCCCUGAGCUUGAUUAUAACACCCCACUGGCCACAAACGUCACCCCACUGCCAACAAUGAAAAAUGCGCACACUAGUAUGUUUGUCUGCAUGUUAUUCAUGUUUUUCUGCAACUAGAGCAUAGUUAAAUUGGAAUGAUGUGUGGAAGGGGGGUGUGAAAAUAUAUUCUGUGUUCACAUAGUUUGCUGUAGCAAGGUGCAUUUUUGUUUGUUAGCUUUGAUUGAUCUUAACUGAUGAUUGAUUGAAUAUUCUGUAGAAAUGAAUGUCUUUGGCUGCUGGUCACUUGCGUGUUCACUUUAACGGCUACUAGUAUCAUACAUUUGUGGUCAAAUUAAGUAGUUUCAUAACAUUUGUUAGCUUAGACAAAGAUACAUUUUAUAUGUUUAAAUACUGUUGAAGUGCAAAUAGCAUGUGUAUACAGUAUAUGAAUACAUACAUAACGUUUUAGAACUUUUUAAAUAAGGAUUUACAUUAUAAGACGAAAGCACUUAAAAGAAUCACUGUUCAUCAGUGAUGUUUUUCUUUCCAGGUAAAAAGAAAAAAAAAAGAAUACACACCCUGUACUUAAAUUAGCUUUUUGCCAAAAGUCGUUUAAAGUUUAGAUCUAUUAUCACCUCCAUCAUUGACAGGCGAGCUGCACUUUAGUGUGCAACAAAGAAAUUAUUUCAGGGGUCACCAGUCUUAUACAAGGAGAGCUGUUAUAGGUGUAUGCUUUCCCUAGACCAUCACAAAGACUAUAUAUAUAUAGAUUUUAUCAGGUGCUUUAGUGCUGAGAUACUGUAUGACAAAUCCAUCACCUCACCAGUCCUUCUAGGAUAGUUUUGGAGCCCCUGGUUUUACAAUACAGUACAAUACAGCAUUUCUUCGUAUAAAAUAUACAGAUAUUUUUUUGUGAGAAGUGUUUCAUAGCCUUUAACUUGCCUGUAAAAAUACGCUAUUCCAAAAGUAAUGUGAAGUACAUUAACAUCUUUGAAAGAAUUAUGCUAGCUGAAGCAAUUGUAGGUGAGUAGUAUUGAGUGCAUUCAUUAAAUAAUGCAUGCUUGCCAUUAAAAAUGAAUGUUGACUUAAAAUCUUUUCAUAUUGUAUAAUACCCAGUACCUCUACAUAUUGCUAAAAUGUGUAAGAAAAGAGUAGGCUAAUAUUACACUAAUAUUCAAGUGGAUUUGACAAAACAAUAUUGUUUAGACACUCUGCCAAAAUGUUUCUCGUUUUAAGAUAAUUGUGAAUAGUACUGUUUUGUUAUUGUAGCCAAAUUUGUACAUGUUUUCCUCAUGAAUAAUCCAACAUUCAAUACGGAUGGAAAAAUUGAGAAUACAGAAACAGUUUGAGGAUUUUCAUGAGAACAUAAAGUGUAAACGGAUUUAAUAUUUGGCAGAUUGAGCAAAUUUAAUUGAAAAUGUUCUUUUAAUGAGAAAUAUUUUUUGGCAGAGCAUCCAUUCAAAUCUUUGUAAAUCUAUUGAGAAAUGUGUUCAUCCAUUUGUAAGGUGCUAUGGUUCAUCUUAAUUCUAAAUGUUUCAUGGAUUUUUGAUUAACAAGAAGUAAACAACGCACAAAGCCUUUAUCUAUGUAACAAACUGAUGCUGUCCUAGACUUGAUUUGGUUUGUAAAGCUUUAAGCUGGAAUACUUUGCCUUAAUUUAUCAUCUGCUUAAUGUUGCAGUAAGCCUCAGAUAAUCCGUUUAUUUUGAUUCAGUUCACACUGUGAGAGUCCUCUUGACAGUUAGUCUUUUUUUGGCUACGAUAAUCAACCUGUGUUGCUUUGCUGCUCUCUGCAGAUCCUUUUUUUUUUUUUUUAAUACGCACAUAGAGAAAACAUGUAGCUAAUGUUCAAAUGUUUGAAACAGAGGGGACUAAUCUACAAUUACAGCUUGCAUCACAACCACAAAGGUAUGUGUAUAGCACUUAAAAUGUCUAAAUAGUGUGUUUGAGGGAGUUUUUGUGAUUUCUUUCACAUGACGAAACAAAUCCCUAAGGUACAACAUUGAAAUUUUAUAGUAUAGCUUUUAAGUUUUUGAAGUUCAAUGUACAAUUGUAGGUGGUCUUUUUUAACAUGACUUUGGUUUAAAAUGUUUUCCUUUGAAAAUAAAUAGCCACUAAUGAUUGGAA